UCUCAGUAACCCUAGAGAAUCACUUAUGUUCAAUUCUCAUAUAAAUACAGGAGGCAACACUUGCGUCUUAAUUAUUGGAUUGGGAACAUUUACAGUAUUGCUUCCUAUACAUAGUUGUAUGCUCAAUAUUUUGGAGAUAAAAAUAUAAAAGGGUCUAUCAAAGCUAAGGAGCUAGCAUGGAGACCACUUCCACCUGCAACAUUACACUGUAUGAGAAUGACGGUCUGACACCACGACAUUAUACAGAUCAGUUGUACUUGUUGUUGUUUGGCAUCAUGAUAGUUUUUAUGGACGUUGGUUUUGGACUUAUAGAAGCUGGCAGUGUAAGGACCAAGAAUACAACACAUAUUUUAGUCAAGAAUAUUCUAGAUUCAUUUGCCGCUGGCAUAGCCUACUGGUUGUUUGGAUUUGCGCUUGCAUUUGGAAAAGGAAAUGGUUUUGUUGGUUGGACGAAUUGGGCGCUGGCUGGUCUUGACGACUCGAAAAUAGCUUUUGCCGUCUACCAAAUAAUGUUUGCAUCAACAGCAACAACAAUAGUAGCGGGGGCAGUAUCGGAAAGAUGUGAAUUUAUCGCAUAUCUUAUCUACAGCUUCAUUCUUACAGGAUGUAUCUAUCCGGUUGUUACUCAUUGGGGUUGGGCUUAUGAUGGAUGGCUAUUCAGAGGUCAUACAUUUUAUAUCGAUGGACAGGCUGUCAAAGUGAAAUAUGAGGAUUUCGGAGGCAGCAGUAUGGUACAUUUAGUUGGAGGAACUUCAGCUUUCGUUGCCACAUUGUUUUUAGGUCCACGUUUAGGAAGAUUUCAAAAGGAAACAGGAAAUGUUAUCUAUAUUAAAGGACAUUCUGUAGCGCUUUGCACGAUUGGUAUCUUUGUUUUGCUGUUUGGAUUCAUGGCACUGAAUGCUGGAGCCCAACAUCAUAUAAGUCAUCCUGGUGAUGCAUCUGUUAUAAGCCUUGCUGUGUUUAACACAUUAGUAGCUGCCAGUGUUGGGGGCUUUACAUCACUAUUUUCUCAUAGAUUUGGCUUGUUUGGAAAUAGUUGGAGCAUACACGGUGUCAUAAAUGGAGCUUUUGUUUCUAUGGUAGCUAUUUGUGGUGGGUGUAACUCUAUGCGACCCUGGAGUGCUGCUGUUGUUGGUUUUGUUGCUAGUUUUUUAAUGAAAGCUUUUGAAUAUUUGUUAUUGAAACUAAGGAUUGAUGAUCCCGUGAAUGCUGUAGGAAUUCACUUUGGAGGUGGUACUUGGGGUGCGCUCAGUGUAGCUUUGUUUAAGUAUGAUACUGGCAUUGUCUUUUCAUGGAAUAAGCAUGCUGGCGCUAUUUUAGCAUGGCAAUUAACUGGAGUGCUUUCAAUUAUAGCAUGGACUGGAACAUUAUCUAUUCUAUUAUUUGGCUCACUUAGAUUGAUGCGGAUAUUUCGAGUAUCAGAAGAUGUAGAAAAAAAAGGAUUGGACAUCACAAGACACGGUCAACAUGCUUAUCCAGCUGAAGCUUAUGGUUAUAGUCAUCUACAUAUUAUGACUGUUGGAGAUCAAGGCAAGGUUUCUCCUAUAGAUCAAGGUUAUGUGAACAAAAUUUUUGUAACUUAUGAAGGACAUGAACUUACAGAAACUAAAGCCAGCACUAUUCGCACAAUUCACUCUGUGCCGUCUAUAGUUGAAAUGGAAUCUUUGGACACUGAGUUGUCUGGUAUUCAAAAAGAGCACAAAGCAAAGCAAUUAAAACCGUUACUAUGGAUGAAUGAUACUAUUGAAAAAAGAUAAAAACGUGUUCUAGUGAAUUCAAUAGUUAAUUUCCAUCUGGUGGGGAAAUUGUUAAUUGUGUGUGUGUGUGUGUGUUUCAUUCUAAAGCUUUAUUAGCUACAGAAAGAGCUGCUCUAAGUCUUAGCUAAUGGUUUGAUCCCAGCAUAGUUCUACAUAUGUAAACAAUUGUUUAUCAGCAUUAGUCUAGCUUUUUUUUACAAUAUUUCUUUUCAAGUCACAACUUCAUGAAGGAACCUGGACCUGGAUCUCAAAAACGGCUCUAACUAUUUUCCUAGAAAUUUUACAUUUCAUGAAUAGGCCUAUCGCUGGGAAAAAAAUAACUCGUUGGCCACACAGGAAAAACUCUAGUUUAACGGUAUAGUUUUUCAAAGAAACAAAGAAUAGAAAACAAGGCCUAAAAUAGUCUAGAUCAUAUACCAUAUGAUAUCUAAACUGGACAUGGAGAUCUUUUAACACUACAAAAAGUGUCGUAAAUUUUUUUUUUUUUUUUAAGUUGAAACAAGGCGUUGUUUUGUAAAGUAGUGGUAAGAAGUUUGGUUGUUGUUUUUUCAACCCUAACCUAUCUAACAUAUAAUUUAAUUUUUAGAUCUAGAUCUAGUUAUUGAACAUCAAAAAUAUGCGUACUCUCGUCUCAUAAUUAUUAUUUUGCUAAUUUCAUAUACAUAAUCUAGAAAGAUCUAGAUAAUCCAUCUAUUUAAAUGUACAUAAGAUGAUUAAAAUCAACAGACAUGAAUUAUUUCGAUCUGGGAUUUUUUAAACAUUAUCUCAAUGGAAACUAACGGAAAAUGGUUUUAAUAUAUUUGCGUGAUUAGUAGCCCAUUCUAAAGAAAAUCCUAGAAAUGAUUUAGCAUUAUUUCUAAACUUUAAAAAACUAAAGAUCAUUACUUUUCAAAGACAGGAAAGAUUAAUUUUCCGAAAUUUGGGGCGACUUUCCCUACAGCUUGAAAAAGAGUUACGAACAUAAAAAUUUAUAUAUAUUAAAAUCUCCCGAAAUUACAAAAUAUACGAAAAAGUCCUUAAAAUAUACGGAAAUAUAGAGACAAAAAUUGUCAUUUUGGGGUGUCAUUCAAUAUGGAAAACGCCAAUCCUACGCGCGAUAAAUAAAAUCGGCAUUAUGCAUUAGCUGUAAUUGUGUAAUCUGAUGAAAGAAGCUUCUCGCGCCUCAAACUAAUGAAGAAUUACUUGAGGUCAACAAUUCUCAAAGAUAGAUUGAAACAUUUGGUAAUUCUUGCUAUUUAGCGUGAUCUAUGUAGGAAACAGAAUUAUCAUGAUAUACUGUAUGACUUUGCUACACGUACGGCUCAUAAAGUAAUUCUGUACGUAGUAAAGAAUGAAUACAAUACAUAGACGAAUUUAUUUUCUAAUACAAACUCUUAAAUUUCACUUAUUAUCCACUUCCCUUCCCAAACUUGGCCCCACUAAAUCCGUUUCGCAUAGGGCCCCACAAUUAUUAAGUCCGGCCCUGCUAUUUAGUGACCUGUAAAUAUACAUAGUAGAUUACUUGUUCUCUUUCCAUGACUUCUUGGUCACAAUGGUUAAGUCCGGCGCUGCUAUUUAGUGCUUGUAAAAUAUUUUACAUGUUUCGGAUGUUCCUUCAGAGUUGACGAUAGUUUACUUCUUAGUCCAAACCUCCCGCAGGACGAAGGGGUAUGGGAGCGGGCAGGGUUUGACAGUCCAGCGCGCAGCCAUCCGUAGCGACGUGUGAAUACCCACUUGUUCUUCGCCCCCCCCCCCCUCUUGUUUUUUAGUGGUGUGACUAUCCGCUGAAAUAAGAGAGUGAUCUUUCCUUUACUUCUUGCUUGUCCAGAUUGUUGAGCGAAGAAGAGAAUUAUAUAUAGAGAUAAAGUAACUCUGGCCUAAUGGAUAAACACGGAGUCGAAGUAGCCUAGGAGAUCGGUGCCCGAACUUCACCUAAUUUUUAAAAAUAUUUUUUUUUUAUAUUUAAUUUUAUUUUAAGUUGUAUAAUGGAUGAACUGCCUGAGAAGUGAAUGUACACUUUGGUUUCUUAUAGUUUUAAUGUUUUUUAUUUGGUGUAAUGCACAAAUUGUAAGACGAAUUUCUGUACGGAGAAUAAAGAUUAUUAUUAUUAUUAUUAAAAAUAUGUUUAAUGUUUUUCUUGUUAUAAAUUACUUUUGAUAUGCUUUAUGCUAAAUUAUGCAUCAAACUUGUUCACUGCUAUGAAUUUACUUAAAAUGUAAACGUGUUAAUGUUUUUAGUGGAUUUGAAAUGAAAUGUAAUCCACAUUAAAGAUGCUAAUAUUUUUUGUGGAUUUAAAAGUUAAUAAAAAAUUAUAGUACAAGUAUAA